AUGUUCACGACCAAAGCUUUCACGAAAUUUGCCUCUGUGCGUUCCUCGCUGCUUCCAUUACGCUUGUCUCGAGCCAACAGUUCGCAAUCCACCACCAGUGAGCCAGACGUACGGCAGCGUUUGCUGGACCAAGUGAAGCAUGCCAUGAAAGCCAAAGACACGCUUACUUCAACUACACUUCGCUCUGUGCUAUCAGAGGUAUAUGCCGCGGAUAAGACGACUGGGGGAUCCAAAAUUCCCUCUUCGACUAUCAUCUCGAUUCUACGAAAGGCUCACCACCGUCGUACUGAAUCUGCUGCGCAAUUUAUCAAAGCCUCUCGUGAGGACCUUGCUGCGAAGGAAAACCAAGAGGCCGAAGUAUUGAAUGCAUUUUUGCCUCCCCUACUUUCCGAAAGCGACAUUGAUCGUGUGCUAACUGACAUCAUCACUUCGCAAGGACAAAACACGAAACUUCACUCGGGUCAGCUGUUCAAGGCGUUUUACGCCCAGGUUGAUAAGUCGUGUGUUGAUCCCAAUAUGGUCAAAGCUAGAGCAAACGCGCUCUUACAUUAG